GCCGUUUACCUGAGCGGGUCACAGUUUAACACAGAUGAAGACUUCUCCAGCACGCUGCUUUCAAACUUUACACUAGAACUGCCAAAAACCACCUUCUGCUGGUCAGACAGUCACCAGGAUCAUCCCCAUUCCUCCCAGCACAUGUGUGUCCAUCUUAAACAGCAACACCAUUAAAGAAGAGUACAUGGCUCAGGCAUGCCUCCAAUCCGGAGAUCAAGUUCCACAUAGUCAUCCUGUCCACACUUACGAGCUGCAGCAUUGAGACUUCAAUGAUACUCCUCAGUGAGAGAUGACGGACUCGGAGGUGUCUCUGCUGCUGCACUGUGCCGCCUGGAGGGGUCUGCUGCAGGCCCAGGUACAGGUGGAGCUCUCUGAAAGAUUCAACAGGCAGACGGAUCCGGCUGUAGAUCGUCACAUAGAGGAGGUGUGGACAGAGCGAGUGUCCAAAGAGCCGUGGCUUUUCAACGGGUCAAAAUUCAGACUCCACUCUUUCUGCUUGUCAUCGUCCUCUGUUUCUCAUGAACCCCCAGCCAGACAGAGAAUGGAGAAGUCAUGUAUCACACAUUCACUGCAUGACGCUGCUCAGAGCAGUUUGGACAGAGGGAGCAGAGCUGUGAAUCAGGUAGAAAGUGCAGAUAGUGUCAGUGCACUGUCACCAGCUUCCUCCAUGUUCAGUAACAACGCAGAUGACCCCGAGCCCCUCCUCACUCUGAGACUCGGCCUCACAUGCUACAAAGACUACCUGGGAACCAACUGGUCGUGUCGGGUGGCAGAGCUGCGUCAGCGCGGAGAGGCGAAGUUCGGGGAUGCUCUGGCGCUGCUGGCUCAGCCUCUGGGCGUGGGCGGGGUCCUGUGUACAGCCGACGGACAGGUGGUGCUGAUCAGGAGGAGCCAGAAGGUGGCGGAGGCCGGGGGACUGCUGGACAUCCCCGGGGGGCACCCAGAGCCGAAGGUGGUGUGUGAGCGGCUGGGCCAGGCGGUGUGUGAGGAGCAGAUCAGCGUGGACAUGAUGCAGCAGAGGCCCGUCGUCUCAGAGCUGUUCUCGUCUGUGUGCGCCGAGAUCAGAGACGAGGUAAAUAUUCCUCUGAGCUCCCUUGGAGAGCCGGUCCUGAUGGGUGUCGCUCUGAAUCACACCAGCGCCGGCAGACCUAGUGCUGAGUUCUACGUCGGUUGCUCGUUGACAUCUGAUGAAGUAAGAAAGUUGUACUGGAAAGGAGGAGCGGAGGCCCAUGAGUCCACAGAUAUUGUCUUCCUCGGCAGAACUGAGGUGUUGCAGCUGGACAUCAGCAGCCCUCUGUGGGCGGAGCUGUGUCCUUCAGCUAAAGGAGCCGUGCUGCUGUAUCAGACGGUGAGGCCUGACAGUGAGCGAGGACAGAGACAACCUGACGCUCAGCCGAUCGCAUCGGAAAAGAGAUCCAGAUGAUUAAGUGUACACAUCAAAAAACAAACCUUUUAGAGUAUUUAUUAUUACUCUGACUUAAGGCACUCUCUGAACAACACUGGUGUUAAAAAUGUGCAAAAUACAGUUGUUUUUUAAAAAAGCACAAUGUUUUUAGAAUAUCUUCAAUAAAAACUCCUAAAAA